GUGAAAGCAUCGGCUCUCCUUUAUGAAAUAACUGAACGCACUAAUCAAUUAGCCCAACCACGGCAGCGAAUCGAUGAGAAGCAAUUUCAAGUACGAUCAAAUGUAUCGCAGAUCCCAAAGGCAUCACCACGGAUAAUCGAACUUUCAAAGCCACGAAUUCCGUAUCAAUAUCCCUCUAAACCAGUUGGAUACGUAGCACCCAGUGCUCUUACGGCAGUCGCCACUCAACGUAUAAUUGAAUUAUCGAAACCAAAAAGAAAACGGAAAUUAAAAAUAACAAAAAUUAAUCAUAAUAAAAGAAAAUCAAAAUUAUAUAAAGAAAAGUCACGAAGCUACGGGAAACGAGGUAAAAAGAAGGAUUACAAAAACAGGGAUUAUAAAUAUUAUAAUAAUGGGUUCAAUCGAUACAAGAAUGAUCGAAAACAAAAAAUAAAAAAAAAACUGAAACUAUCAAAUUCCGACAGAACCAUUAUUAUGGUUGGCUUAAAUUUGAAAAAUGACAAGAAAAUUCGUCGAUAUUAAUUGUGGAGAAUAAAAUGCGUGUUGUUUUUAAAAUUUAAAAUCGUUUAUUUAGAAUUUUAAAAAAAUAUGAUUGUCAUCGCAUAAGAUGUAUUAUAUGAAGUGUGAAUAUAAUUAAAUAAUAAGAAUUUAUCAUAUUUGAAA